CGAUACUUUAAUGAAGAAAUAGCAAGGACAAUCGAUCAUCUUUAUCGUGAUAUUGGUAAUAUAACCAAUCAUUUUUGCAGUCCAUCGUUUGUAAAAUCACCAUUAGAUGGAAAAAGAGCGAUGCAACCUGAUAUCAUUCACAUGUUAACUAAGUCGGAUUUAAAUACGCAAUAUCCCGAGAUUGUUUUCAGGAUAGGUGAGUACAAAACAGGAGUCUAUAAAAUGAUGCAAGGCUUCGAAGAGUUCAAAACAGCUAUUCUGAACCGAAGAAGAUUGAGGCUGCAUUCCAUUGGGAGCUUCUUUCCAGAUAGGGAGUGGUCGCCUAGAGUACUAUUUGCCUUGGUUCUAAGCAAAUAUACGAGGCUUUUCUCUGUGGAACUGACAGGAUUCUUAUAUCAGACCACCAAACAUUCUCAGGAUUCUUCAAGUAUGAAAUAG